UUGUUGUCCAUGAAAUGCUCCUCGGAUCCUUUCGUUGACACAGUGACCAUGAAUGCGAGCUCUUCCAAUCCCCAAUCCAUGGCGGCAUCCACGCCUGUUGCCGAUAGCUCAGGGAAGAAGGUACGAAAACCUUACACCAUUACCAAAUCCAGGGAAAGCUGGACUGAAGAAGAGAAAGAUAAAUUUCUUGAAGCUUUGGAACUGUUUGAUCGUGACUGGAAAAAGAUUGAAGAUUUUGUUGGGUCAAAGACAGUAAUCCAGAUACGAAGUCAUGCCCAGAAAUACUUUCUGAAGGUCCAGAAAAAUGGUACAGUAGUACAUUUGCCCCCUCCACGCCCCAAGCGCAAAGCUGCUCAUCCUUAUCCACAGAAAGCAUCCAAAAAUGCUUUGCCAUUGCAAGCAUCCAUGGCUUAUCCAUUGAUAAUAAAUUAUCUUGCACCUGGUUAUUCCCCAUGGGAGGACACAUCCAUGCUUAUAAAUACUGCAUCAAGUGGAACUGCUCCCUCCUUGGAUGAGUACAGCACUCUUCAUGGAGUUGAAGCUGCUAUUGGAUCAAAGGGAGUUGCAAGGACAGGUAACAGCAAAUUUAGUGGCUUUGUUAGCUCAGCAAGCUCUUUUCCCAAUUAUAACAUACUGAAGCAAGGAAAGCAAGGGUCUCUACUUCAUGGUAUACCAGACUUUGCUGAAGUAUAUAGUUUCAUUGGAAGUAUCUUCGACCCAUACACUAAUGACCAUGUGCAAAAGUUCAAGGAGAUGGAUCCCAUUAAUUUUGAAACCGUCUUAAUGUUGAUGCGAAACCUGACCAUUAACAUGUCGAGCCCUGAUUUUGACUCAAUUAGGAAGGUUUUGUCAUCAAAUGAUGGUGAAGACAGAGCCAAUACUGUAGGAUUUGCUUUGGUACCAGUUGGUGCAGGCCUGACCAAUGAUCAACCAUGUUGAACUGCUGGAAAAUUUCUGUUGUAUGUCAUCUCUUGUAAUAACUUUUGUUCUCCUUAAUACAAGCAACAUGUUCUGGUUUUCUUGGAAAUACAGUAACAUGAAUAACAUGAGCUUAUUUUCAUUGUUGAAGCUUUCUAACCA